AUACGAUGCCUAUGCUCUUUUGUGAUGUCUGUCAAACGAUUAUCGUUAGCAUAUCGAGGGCUAACCGAGGUGCCUAAAGAAGUGGUCGCCAGCUGCAGUGUAGAACUCGAAGAACUGGACCUAGGCAACAAUAGAAUCAAUGACCUCCGGUGUUUAGUUCACUUUGGGAAAAUGCACUCAUUGAUUUUGGACAGAAACGAGUUGACGUCUCACACCAAACUGCCCUUUUUGCCCAACUUGCACACGCUCUGGGUCAACCAUAACAAAAUAUCUAACCUGUCGGUGUUUGUGGACAACGUGGCCGCCAGCUGCCCCAAUCUGGCAUUUUUGAGCAUGAUGAACAACGAAGCUGCGCCAAGCUAUUUCAACCAGGGAACCUUGGAGCAAUACACAGAUUUCAGACAUUAUGUAAUCAGUCGUCUACCAAGCUUGAAGGUGCUUGAUGACACAGAGAUAACAGUGGAGGAACGGGAGAUUGCAAUAAGAGUGUAUGGCAGACACCAAUCAACAGCAGGCGCCAAACGAAAGAAAAAGAUAUUCCUGUCAACUAUUCGGUGGCAUCACAGAAGGUUCUGGAGUCAAGGCUUGAUGAUUCUCUAUUACAGACCAUGAAAGGCUGAAGCAGUUUGAGAGGCAGAGCGAGACUCGGCACAGCUUCUUAUCUUCAC